AUGAAGAUGUUGCACGCCUGCUCGAGGAGGGUUCACAACGAGGUUUUCCUGGUAUGCUUGGGAGCAUUGACUGCAUGCACUGGGUAUGGAAGAACUGUCCAACCGCCUGGCAAGGCCGUAGCUAGCAAAGAUCUUUGGAUAUGGCAUGCCUUCUUUGGACUGUCGGGGUCUCACAAUGACCUCAACGUGCUACAUCGUUCUCCGGUUUUCGCACAACUUGCGGAGGGAAGAGCAUCACCGUGCAACUAUACUAUUAAUGGCCACGAGUACACUAUGGGAUACUAUCUCGCCGACGGGAUUUACCCAGAGUGGUCCACAUUAGUGAAGACUAUUCCAGCACCGCGAGGAAACAAGCAUAAAUACUUUGCUCAACAACAAGAGAGCGCAAGAAAAGAUGUUGAGCGAGCUUUUGGCGUGUUGCAAGCUCGAUUUGCGAUUGUUCGUGGACCAGGACGUUUCUGGCAACCUAGUGUGCUGAAAGACAUCAUGACAGCUUGCAUCAUAAUGCAUAACAUGAUCGUUGAAGAUGAACGAGAUUGUCAAUUGGACAACAACUUCGACUUUAAUGAUUCGAUACCAGUCGUUGAACCUUCUCAUGUGCAGACGGUGCCUCUAACUGAGUUCAUCCAAAAUCAUCAUCGAAUCAGGAACACGCAAACACACAAAUCACUAAAGAAUGAUUUGAUCGAGCAUCUGUGGCAGCUCAAGGGAUCCAUCGACGAGGAUUAA